AUGGUCGACUACGCCAAGAAGAAGAACGACGAGCUCGCCGCGCUAUGCAAGGAGCGCAGCCUGCCGCAUACUGGAAAAAAGGCCGACUUGGUCAAGCGCUUGGAGGACUUCGAUGCCAAAGAUGCCUCUGCGCCUGAUUCUGCGCCGGCCAAGUCAGUUGCAGCCGAAGACGAGAUCGACUGGGACGAUGAUGCAAAGGCCGCCACAACGGAGCCUGCGGCAGCUGCCAUUGCAGCUGGCGGCGUCGGUGAGGUUGCGAACCCACUCGCUGUGCCGAAUCAAGAAGCCGCGAUCGAUCCUUCCAAGACAAACGACCUCACCGUGGUAGCUCCGUCUGAACAGCCCGCCGCACAAGAAGCUGAGUCGGAGUCGACAAUGGAACAUCGGACACUGGCUGCGGAAAUUGAGAAGCGGAAGGCGCGUGCGCGCAAAUUCGGCAUGCCUGAGAACAGCGAGGAAAUCAAAGCUUUGGAACGAGCGCUAAGGUUCGGAGCCACUGAUCUGCCUGGCUUGCUGAACAAGGCACUUCCAGCGAAGUCGGAGCGAACAGACAGAAAGCGUGGUCGGGCAAGCGUGGAGCCAGAGGGUGGUGUGCGCAAGGCAGCAAGCCGAGCGCGCAAGGGCGGUGACCGUCCGAAGCCUGUCAACGGCAAGACGGAGACCUCAAAGCCUUCGCAGGGCGGUGCCGCUUGGAUGAACGACAAGGAUCGCGAGGCCGCUGAGCGUCGGAAGGCUAAAUUCGCUACUGCGGCUUGA